AUGAGGCAGCGCACCAAGAGCGUCGUGAACGUCCGCGAGUACUUCCGCAUGGACGGCAGUGGCGCCCCCGAACAGGAGGACGACGACGACAACGACGACUGGAUGGCCAUCGCCAUGAAGGGCGGGCCUCGUAAGGUCAGCAUGGAAGUUGAAAAGCCCAGCAAGAAGGCACGCGCGCGUACGUCGACGUGUGACUCUCUGGCAGACACGGACGAUGACUCGGAUGGCGAGGAGGACGAUGGCAUUAUGCGCAUCCGAGCGUGCAGCCACGACCGCCGCAUCAGCUUCGACGACGAUGUAAACGUGGUCGAGAUCCCCGCGCGCUCGAGCUUCGACGCCGACUACAAGCGCCGCGUGUGGUACUCGCGUGACGAGCUGCGUCGCAGUCAGGAGUGCUGCUAG